AUGGCGUGGGAGGACAGGAACCCGCGAAAAGUUUACGCUUCAUUAAAGCAGUAUAGCGGCAAGAUGAAGAAAUGUUCUCCUGUGCUCAACAUUGCUAGUGGAAAGGCUGUCGGUGAAGGAACCUUUCCGAAUUGGAGGGAUCACUUCAAGAACUUGCUGAACCGGAGUCUGUCGGAUUCAAGCUGGAAGAGGCCACCUGGCGGAAGGCGGAAGUUCUGGACUCAGGUGAUGAAAGAGGACUUGAAGAUACUCGGUGUGGGUGGACAGUUCGGGCGAGAUGCAAGGCUUCGCAGGAUUUGGAAUAGCGACGAAUGGAUCGAUUCCGAGCAAGCUCUCGCAGCAGAUCGAGAAGGUUGGGCAGAGCUCUGUUCGAAGGCCACACACCUCGGCGAAGCGGGUAAUCGUGUCAGGCGAUGA